AUGCAUACCGGGAUAGAAAAAUCUGAACCGGAUCUUUUCUUGGCUCAAGCUUGCUCAACUAUUGGAUGUCUGCAGAAUGCAUCCUAUAUCGUUAACGAAUCAUUUCACAACCACUCAUGGCAAGAGCACAGCCUGGAAUGCGUCAUCGAACCUUCACCAGGAGACUUCAUCGGGUCUCCUUUAUUUCAAAUAUGUGUAUAUUUUAUGUACAGUGCAGUUUUUAUUGUGGCUCUGUUGGGCAAUGGACUGGUUUGUUUCGUAGUCCACAGGACUCCACAAAUGAAGACGGUGACUAAUUAUUUCAUAGUGAACUUAGCGGUUGGUGAUAUUUUUAUGACUCUGUUCUGUGUUCCCUUUUCUUUUGUCCCAAUGUUAGUGUUAAGAUAUUGGCCGUUCGGUGAAGUGAUGUGCAAAAUAGUUAACUAUUCCCAGACGGUGUCGGUACUAGUGAGCGCGUAUACACUUCUCGCAAUAUCCAUCGACCGGUAUAUGGCUAUUAUGCAUCCGCUAAAGCCCAGGCUAGGAAAAGCCGCAGCGAAGAUGAUCGUGGUGGCUGUAUGGACUGGUGCAUUAGCUACCGCGGCACCAAUACCAAUUGUAUCGCAACUUCUGAGGCCGUCACCUUGGCAUGAAGCGUGUAACGUGGAUAUAUGCAGCGAACUAUGGUCUAACGUGAAACAAAGUGAGCAGUAUACUUGCGCUCUGCUUGCUCUCCAGUUUGCGCUACCACUGAGUGCGUUGGUAUGCACGUACACGAGGAUAGCGCAGGUAGUGUGGGGAGGACGGCCCCCUGGAGAAGCCCAGACUCUCAGGGAUUCGAGGAUGCAGCAUUCUAAAAGAAAAGUACUGUGGACGGUACAUGAAAACGAUGAAGAGUGGGCGAGAUGGCCGGGCAUGACCUACGUGUGGUUCGCGAGCCACUGGCUGGCCAUGUCGCACUCCUGCUACAAUCCUAUCAUCUACUGCUACAUGAAUAAAAAAUACAAAAAAGGAUUCAAGCAGGUGCUCAGCAGUUGGCUCUGCUUAAAAUUCAACGGUUCGAGUCGCUCGUGCCAGCGGUCCAGUGUUUGUGAAGGCAUUCCUUUACCAGGUAGAUGUACCGUACCGUGA